AGCUGGGAAACCACAGGCCCUGAGCGAUUGGCGGCCCUGAGCCCGGGGCCAGCCUCCGCCCUCACCCGGCACAUCCGCCUUGGGCCGGGCCCCCUCUGGGCAGCCCCAGCGCUGCCGACUCCUGCCAUGGUGCCUUGGCCCCACGGGGCGGAUGGAGCAGGAUCCCAAGCCGCCCCGUCUGCGGCUCUGGGCCCUGCUCCCCUGGCUGCCCAGGAAGCAGAGACCCAGGAUUGGCCAGACAUCUCUGCCUGCCCCUGGCCCUGGCUCUGGCCCCAGGCGGGACUCGGAUGAGGGCGUCCUCAAGGAGAUCUCAAUCACGCACCAUGUCAAGGCUGGCUCGGAGAAGGCUGACCCAUCCCAUUUUGAGCUGCUCAAGGUUCUGGGCCAAGGAUCCUUUGGUAAAGUCUUUCUGGUGCGGAAGGUCACCCGGCCUGACAGUGGGCACCUGUAUGCCAUGAAGGUACUGAAGAAGGCAACGCUGAAAGUGCGUGACCGUGUGCGGACCAAGAUGGAGAGAGAUAUCUUAGCUGAUGUAAACCACCCGUUUGUGGUGAAGCUGCACUAUGCCUUCCAGACCGAGGGCAAGCUCUAUCUUAUUCUGGACUUCCUGCGUGGUGGGGACCUUUUCACACGGCUCUCUAAAGAGGUUAUGUUCACAGAGGAGGAUGUGAAGUUUUACCUGGCUGAGCUGGCUUUGGGCCUGGACCACCUGCACAGCCUGGGCAUCAUUUACAGAGACCUCAAGCCUGAGAACAUCCUUCUGGAUGAGGAGGGCCACAUCAAACUCACUGACUUUGGCCUGAGUAAGGAGGCCAUUGACCAUGAGAAGAAGGCCUUUUCCUUCUGCGGGACGGUGGAGUACAUGGCCCCUGAGGUUGUCAACCGCCAGGGCCACACCCACAGUGCAGACUGGUGGUCCUAUGGGGUGUUGAUGUUUGAGAUGCUGACAGGUUCGCUGCCCUUCCAGGGAAAGGACCGGAAGGAGACCAUGACACUGAUUCUGAAGGCAAAGCUAGGCAUGCCCCAGUUUCUGAGCACGGAAGCCCAGAGCCUUCUGCGGGCCCUGUUCAAGCGGAAUCCUGCCAACCGGCUUGGGUCUGGUCCUGAUGGGGCAGAGGAAAUCAAGCGGCAUGUCUUCUACUCCACCAUUGACUGGAAUAAGCUGUACCGUCGUGAGAUCAAGCCACCCUUCAAGCCAGCUGUGGCCCAACCCGAUGAUACCUUCUACUUUGACACUGAGUUCACAUCCCGCACACCCAAGGACUCCCCAGGCAUCCCCCCAAGUGCUGGCGCCCACCAGCUAUUCCGUGGCUUCAGCUUUGUAGCCACCGGCCUGAUGGAAGAAGACGGCAAGCCUCGGGCCACACAGGCACCGCUGCACUCGGUGGUACAGCAACUCCAUGGGAAGAACCUGGUUUUUAGCGAUGGCUAUGUGGUAAAGGAGACGAUUGGUGUAGGCUCCUACUCCGUGUGCAAGCGCUGUGUCCACAAGGCCACCAACAUGGAGUAUGCCGUCAAGGUCAUCGAUAAGAGCAAGAGGGAUCCCUCAGAAGAGAUUGAGAUUCUUCUGCGCUAUGGGCAGCACCCCAACAUCAUCACUUUGAAAGAUGUGUAUGAUGAUGGCAAACACGUGUACCUGGUGACAGAGCUGAUGCAUGGUGGGGAGCUGCUGGACAAGAUCCUACGGCAAAAAUUCUUCUCGGAACGGGAGGCCAGCUUUGUCCUGCACACCAUCAGCAAAACUGUGGAAUAUCUGCACUCCCAGGGGGUUGUGCAUAGGGACCUCAAGCCCAGCAACAUCCUGUAUGUGGACGAGUCUGGGAACCCUGAGUGUCUGCGCAUCUGUGACUUUGGCUUCGCCAAGCAGCUGCGAGCUGAGAAUGGGCUCCUCAUGACACCUUGCUACACUGCCAACUUUGUGGCACCUGAGGUGCUGAAGCGCCAGGGCUACGAUGAAGGGUGCGACAUCUGGAGCCUGGGUGUCCUACUGUACACCAUGCUGGCAGGAUAUACACCAUUUGCCAACGGACCCAGUGACACACCAGAGGAAAUCCUGACCCGGAUCGGUAGUGGGAAGUUCACCCUCAGUGGGGGCAAUUGGAACACAGUUUCAGACACAGCUAAGGACCUGGUGUCCAAGAUGCUACACGUGGACCCUCACCAGCGCCUCACAGCUAAGCAGGUUCUGCAGCACCCAUGGAUCACCCAGAAAGACAAGCUUCCCCAGAGUCAGCUGUCCCACCAGGACCUGCAGCUUGUGAAGGGAGCCAUGGCAGCUACAUACUCUGCGCUCAACAGCUCCAAGCCCACCCCUCAGCUGAAGCCCAUCGAGUCGUCUAUUCUGGCCCAGCGGCGGGUGAGGAAGCUUCCAUCCACCACCCUGUGAGGGGCCAGGGUGUCCAGGCCGCAGGCCGGCGCUAGCUCGAUGGAGGCAGCCUACUUCCCAGAGGGAACAGACCUGAGGCCCAGGCCCAGAGGGAGUGGAGGCCCCAGGGACCCAGAAGCAUCCAGCCCAGAUCACCCCUAUUGAGGGUGUGAGAAGUGCCUUCUCCUUCCCCAGGACGGGCUCUUCUCAGCUCAGACUCUGCUGGUUGAAAUCGAUUCACUGUACAAACUCUUAUAUUUUUUUAAGGAAAAAAUGGCAUCAACUACCAUGGAUUUUUACAAGAUCCAUUUGCCUUUUUGGGAGCAAAAAUAGCCAAUGCAGUCCCAGGAGGGGCACUGAGUCACACUAGGGCUUUCUGUGGCUGAGACUCCUUAUUGCAGCUUUGGGGUUGUGCCCUGGGCACCAACACAGUUGGCCAUCUGUACCCAUCUGCACACACCUCUAAGGCAGUCUAGCAUCACCUUCCAGAGCCCCUGGCUGUUCGGCAGAACUUGCUCUAUCCCCAGUCAGUUCCUUUUCCGUUCUGUUCUGCUCGGGGUCUGGAAUUUCUUCCUACUGGAAGAGAGGGCCCAGGCCCUGCAGCUCCCAGCUCCAGGCACCAGAAUCUACGUCGACCCGCCAGUGGGUCCCUUGCCGUGAGGGGUCUGGAAAGCACUUUUGUCUGACUUCUGUGGAGUUUGCCACAGGACAGAGCUCACAGGAGGACUGUGGGGUGGCCAAGAGGGACAGGGGCUUUUCUUCAUUUCUUCCUCAGCUGGUAACUCAGGGUUCAUUUGUCCAUGGCCUUUCUAAUAAACUUGCAGUUGAGUUGAA